AUGGGUGACUGGAUGCAUAAUAUUGUUUUGCUUUACGUUAGAUUUGGUAGAUUUGAAUGGAUACAAAUGCUAAAGCUGCAAAAACUGGUGGAGAUAUAAGCAUGACGGAGAACAAGAAAGCACCCAGUGAUCUCAUUAUUAACAUCAAUGAAAAAGAUACAAAAUUACCAAAUUUAGAUGCUUCUAAGGAUCAUAAAUCUAAACUUUCAGCAGAUUCACCUCGUAGAAUAUCGCAUGAUUCGCCUUACAGUGCUCCUAAUGUGGGGCCAAUGAGUUGCUCUUCACCAGAUGUGGGGUUCAGUCCCGGAGCAAACAGGCCUCCAAAAAUUCCAACUGAGACACUUACUAGACGAAAAUCGUUUUCAAGGUCAAUUUACUCUAAGCCAAAGUCGAGAUUUGGUGAACAAUCUGUACCCCUUGAUACUAAGAUGUUUGAAGAGAAUGGAUCAUCAAUGCAAGAACAUGUAAUAUCAAGUCGGGGUUCGCCUAUUAAUGGAAUUGAUGCUAAUAGUACUAGUACUAAGGAAAAUAUUAGGACAUUGUCAAUAACACCUAAGACGCCCUUGAUGUCAUCACCUGGUGGUUUCAGAGGAGUGGAUGAGGAUGAGGAGAUAUUUAAUAGAGUGAACAGUAGAAAGAAGUUGAGGCACAGGAAAGUGAAAGCUAAGGUUUUGGCUGAAUGGUUUUUGUUUCUCUGCAUUGUUGGGUGUUUAAUUGUUAGCUUAACUGUUGAUGAGUUGCAGCAGUGGAUGCUUUGGGGUUUGAGAAUUUGGAAAUGGUGUGUGCUUGUUUUGGUUACCUUUAGUGGCAUGUUGGUUACUAAAUGGUCAAUUCAUUUUGUUGUUUUGUUGAUUGAGCUCAACUAUUUACUGAAAAAGAAGGUCUUGUAUUUCGUUUAUGGCCUGAAGAAGAGCGUUCGGGUCUGUAUAUGGCUGAGUUUGGUUCUUGUCACUUGGGUUUUGCUAUUUCGAGAAGGGGUUGAGCGAACCCGUCUGACCACCACGAUUUUGGAUUAUAUUACCUGGACUAUUGCUUCGUCACUCAUUGGUUCAUUCUUGUGGCUCUUCAAGACUUUGCUGCUAAAAAUAUUGGCAUCUUCAUUCCAUGUCAACUCCUUCUUUGAUAGGAUUCAAGAAUCUAUCUUCCACCAGUACAUUCUAUUCACCCUAUCCGGCCCCCCAGUCAUGGAGUCAGCUCAGAUGUUGGGGAAAACAAACAGUAAUGCAAGUCAAUUCAGUUUUCGCGUGACAAAGAAGGGGAAGGAAGGCAAGGAAAAGAAGGAGAAAGAGGUGAUUGAUAUCAACAAACUCCAUCAGAUGAAGCAAGAAAAAGUUUCUGCUUGGACCAUGAAGAUGUUAAUUGAUACGAUAUCUAAUUCUGGUCUCACCACUCUUUCAAGUGCAAUCGAUGAAACUGUCUAUGACAGAGUUAAUGAACAGACAGAUAAAGAAAUUACCAAUGAGGAGGAAGCAAUUGCUGCUGCAUAUCACAUCUUCAGGAAUGUAGCUCAGCCUGGUUGCAACUACAUCGAUGAAUUCGACCUAAGGAGAUUCAUGAUUAAAGAAGAGGUGGACUUUGUAUUCCCAAUGAUUGACACGGCUGAGACUGGACAGAUUAACCGGAAAGCUUUGACAGAAUGGGUGGUGAAAGUUUACAAAGGUCGCAAAGCACUAGCGCAUGCUCUGAAUGAUACCAAAACUGCUAUAAAGCAAUUGAACAAGCUAGUUACAGUGAUCCUACUUCUUGUUAUCAUAAUAGUGUGGCUUCUCUUGACUGGAAUAGCAACAACCAAAGUGCUUGUCGUUCUCUCAUCACAGCUUGUUCUGGCUGUAUUUAUAUUUGGAAACAGUUGCAAGACUGUUUUUGAAGCUAUCAUAUUUGUAUUUGUAAUGCAUCCUUUUGAUGUGGGUGAUCGUUGUGUUAUCGAUGGUGUUCAGAUGAUUGUGGAAGAGAUGAAUAUCUUGACAACAGUCUUUCUAAGAUUUGAUAAUGAGAAAAUAUACUAUCCAAAUUCUGUUCUGGCGACCAAACCCAUCAGCAAUUUCUAUAGAAGCCCAGACAUGGGUGAUUCACUGGAGUUCUGUAUUGAUUUCAAGACACCACUUGAGAAAAUAGGUGCUCUGAAAGAAAAGAUAAAGAAGUAUUUAGAGAAAAAUCCACAACAUUGGCAUCCUAACCACAAUGUAGUCGUGAAGGAGAUUGAAAAUAUGAACAAGAUUAAGAUGGCUCUCUUUUUUAAUCAUACAAUCAACUUUCAAGAAUAUGGAGAGAAAAGCGCACGCAGAACUGAUCUAGCCCUUGAACUGAAGAAAACGUUUGAAGAGCUGCAUAUUGGAUAUGAUCUCCUUCCUCAAGAAGUUCGUCUAGUCAGGAGUAGUGUCAGCUAGGAUCAGCAGAUGAUUUUAUCUUUUAACUCGGUGAUGCCAGAGUGUUUUUGUCAUGCACCUAUAGAAAUGCUGAACUGGAGAAAGAUUCCGAACACUGCCUCUUGGUAGUACGUAAACAGAUAUACAGUCACCGUUGUUUGUACCGUGUAUAAAAUCUAGCUUCUCGAGAAGGAUGUUGAUUAAUCUUCAUUUUUCUUACCUCUUGGGUUUGCUGCUGGUUCUUCUGGCUUUUGUUUCGUUGUGAUUUCUGCUUCUCCGAAGUCUACUGCAGUUGAAUGUGCGUGUUAUUGGGUGCCUGAAUUAUACAAAAUCUUUUGUUGAAACGCAUUUUUCUCGUUUUUAUUUGUU